UCUUAACGUCAAGCCAAAAUGAAGGACAUCACAACUUUACUCUCGUUGGCAGCUCUCCUGGUCGUGGCUGGUGCAUCAGCCAUCCCACCACCUCACUAUGAAGUCCAUGAGAAGCGAGAGACAUUGCACCCGCGAUGGACGAAACGGGAUCGAGUGGAAUCCCAUAAAUUAUUCCCUAUGCGAAUUGGACUUACGCAAACGAAUCUCAACAUGGGCUACGAGCAUCUCAUGGACGUCUCCAACCCCACGUCCCCCAAUUUCGGCAAACACUGGACCUCCGACGAAGUCAUCGCCGCCUUCCGCCCCUCCCGCGAAACCGAAGACGCGGUCCGCACGUGGUUGAUCGAGAACGGGAUCCCCAGCACGAGAAUCACGCACUCGGACAACAAAGGCUGGUUCGCCUUCUACGCCACCGCCGCCGACGCAGAGCGGUUGCUGCGCACCGAGUUCCACGAGUACGAGGACGCCGAAACGGGCGGCGUCAUUCCCGGAUGCGACGCUUAUCACCUCCCCCAGCACGUGAGGAGGCACAUUGACUAUGUGAGUCCUGGGAUUAAAUUGCUGGCUCCCGUCGAGAGUCGCAGGAGUUUGCAGCGGGAGGUGGUGAGGGAUGAGGAAUCGGGGUUGGAGAAGAGGAAUGCGCAUGGAUUGCUGCAGACGCAGGCGGAGGCGAACUGUACGGGCUCUGCGCCCGACGAUCUCAGCACGUGCGAUGUGGCCAUCACGCCCGCGUGCGUGGCGGCGCUGUAUCAGAUCCCGCCUGCGACGACGACGACGACGAAGCAUGCGAAUAAUUCGAUGGGGAUUUUUGAAUCGGAAUUGCAGUUCUACUACCAGAAAGAUCUAAACUCGUUCUUUACGAAUUUCACGCGGAAUAUCAAAAAUGGGACGCAUCCCGUGCCCGCGAAUAUCGAUGGGGGCAUGCAGAAGGUCGAUGAUCCGUAUGAGGCGGGGGGAGAGGUGAAUUUGGAUUUGAUGCUCGCGUAUCCGAUUGUGUAUCCACAGACGAUUACGUUGUAUAACGUGGAUGAUUUUAUCGUGCAGGCGAAUCAGAAUGAUACUUAUACCUUUGGGUUUAACACAUUUUUGGACGCUCUAGACGGCUCAUACUGCUCCUUCUCAGCAUACAACGAAACGGGCAACGACCCCUAUCUCGAUCAAGCGUACCCAGACCCUCUAAUCGGAGGCUGGACCGGCCAACUCAUGUGCGGGACCUUCAAACCGACCAACGUCAUCUCGCUCUCGUACGGAGGCCAGGAAUCAGAUCUGCCUAUCUCGUAUCAGAAGCGGCAGUGUCUUGAGUACAUGAAGCUCGGGCUCCAGGGCGUUUCGUUCCUUUUUGCGUCGGGGGAUUCGGGGGUUUCGAACUACCCCUCCUCAGCAGGCGGCAUCGACGGCCCAACCGGCUGCCUGGGCCCCAACCUCAACAUCUUCAACCCCACCUGGCCCGGCACCUGCCCCUACGUAACCUCCGUCGGCGCCACCAAAGUCUACCCAGGCUUCACAGUCAACGACCCGGAAUCCGCAGUCUACGACCCGGCCGGCUUCCCCUAUUCCGUCAACUACUCGUCCGGCGGCGGCUUCUCGAACAUCUAUCCGAUCCCGAGCUAUCAGGCUGCUGCUGUGGGGGUGUAUUUCGAGAGUCAUGAUCCGGGAUACCCGUUUUAUAGCGCGUUGAGCAAUGAUACGGGGGAUAUUAAAUUGUUGCCGGAUGUGGGGGCCCUGGCGGGGGGUAGUGGGGGCAUUUAUAAUAGGAUUGGAAGGGGGAUUCCGGAUGUUAGUGCUAAUGGGGAUAAUAUUGCUGUCUACGGAGGAGGCAACUUCUCCCUCUCGGGCGGCACAUCAGCCAGCACGCCCAUCUUCUCCGCGGUCAUCAACCGCAUCAACGAGGAGCGGCUCAUUGCCGGCAAGGGCCCGAUUGGGUUCUUGAAUCCGAGUCUGUAUGCUAAUCCGGGCAUGUUGAAUGAUAUCGUGAAUGGUUCAAACCCAGGCUGCAACACGAUCGGAUUCUCCGCCGUCCCGGGCUGGGAUCCGGUGACGGGGCUCGGGACCCCGAAUUUUCCUAAGAUGUUGGAGUAUUAUAUGGGGUUGCCUUAAUCUUUUUUGCUCUGUAAUAGAUUGUGGAUGAGGGAG